CACAUAUUAUAUUAUAUAUCUAUGCUCAUGAAUAUUUGUGUGUCUAUAUAUGUAUAGAGUUAUUUUAAACAUUUUAAUGGUAAACGGUGUUUAAACACGAUCUUACAACAUUGCUUAUUUUAUGCGCCGCUUAUUGUAAACUUAUUUUGUAGAAAAAUAAGUUACUCCAUUAGUCCCAAUUUAAGGUUUUUAUUGCUUUUCUUUUAUUGACGUCUCAACUAGCUAAUCAAAGUUCUUAUUGACAACAGUAUAUUGUAUAUAUAUCAAAAUUAUAUCUCAAAAUAUACUAUAAUUACUUUAUUUUAUUAUUUUUUAAAUAAUUGUGCUAUUUUAUAAUGAGAAUCUUAGCUUGAGGCGGAGGUAAUAAAUAGCAUUUCAAAUAAAAGAUAUGAAGUAUUAGUGUACUGUAAAACUCACAAACUGAUAGCCGUUAUAUUUACUUGUAUUUAACAUAAGUAUUUAUAAGUAUUUGUUGAAGAAAAGAAGAGAAAUCGGGCAAAUACCUCCAGAAUGAUAGCUACAACAUAAAACAUUGCGAUGCAGGGCUUUUUGGACCAAGAGAAUGACGUUAUGUCCAUAAUUCGAGUAUAACGUAUUGUAUAGAACUCGAAAUCACUCGAUUCGAGUUUCAUGUGAAUGCUAACUCAAUAAGGUACAAAUGUUAUGAAGACGUCAUGGCCAAAAUAUGAAGGGAAGAAGACUCAAUCAACCAACAAAGUCAGAUGUUGCUGGUGGGAUUUCAGGAUGCAUACCUCUCAGUGUUUUAUCCAUAUCGUUUGAUUGGCUGAAUAAAAUCACGUCAUUCAAGUUUUGGUGGAUAGAAGACUUCAUUAACUACAAGUUUGAUGAAGGACUCAUGUCCAAAUUCGUAGCGGAACAUCCCCAAAAUCCCAGGACAAAACCGGCGCCGGAAUUUCACCAAACCGGCGUCGGUUGCAUUUAAUCCGUUAUUCUCCCGGUCGGCCGAAGUAUAACCGACGCCGGUUUUACCCUAUAACCGGCGCCGGUUAUGGUGUUUUUCACUAUUAUUCCAUCCCCGAAGUAAAACCGGCGCCGGUUAAGCCCGAAUCUGCAUAAAACACAAAGACGUGCAACCAUAUUUUGAUGGGAAAACUCCACUUUCCUUAUGAUCUGAUCAAAUAUAUCUUCCAUGCCUGAUUGUUGGGCUUGAAUAGACUAAAAGAUGUCAAUUUUUAGCCUAUAUAAAGCCCCCAAUUCAUCAAACAAGAUCAUCAUUCCAUUCUUGAAGAUUAAAUUUCAGUUUUUAUAUUUCCUUUUUUGCAUUUUCUUGAAGUGUUGGAGAAGAAGCCAUUUCUCUCCUCUACAAUUGGUUCUAGGUAUUAUUUCUUGUAUGCUAUUGUAUUCCAUUGUUCUUAGUUACACUUUGUAAUUAAUAUGAGCUUAAGGAGCUAAGUCCUUAGCUAAGGCUAAGGAUGAACUUCUAUGCCCACUAGGUGUUUGAUAAAAGUUCUAAACCAAUAAAUUGUGAUUUAUCCUUUACAUUUUGAUUGUUUAUGACUAUGGUGUACAACAUAGAAGUAUGUUAAACUUAGUUUAUGCUUGCAAUUAACGUUGAGGUCUAAACUAUGAACAUUAAAGGAUAAACAUAUAUAUUACCGAGAAUAGAAAUAUAUCCGGUAUUAUAUGAUACGGGUGUGAUGUCUUGAUAUUCAACGGGGUUUUCGGUAGAUGAAUGUAAGCCGUAACGGGACUUACACGUAACGAAAACCACGCUCUCGCUGCCUUAACCGGAGUUGAGAAUAUAUUAGCGACAUCGUAUUCAUAAUUAUUGGUAAAGAACUAAUAUUCAACCCUAUUAAAGCAUUUAAGUGACUCCCGAAGCCUUAGUUGUUGUUAUCAAUCACUUUAAUCAAAUUAAUUUAAGUUAUAUCUCCGAAAAUUAAAAAGAAGAACCAAGUUGUUGUUUUCACAACAACACACAGCUCAAAAUCCCUGCACUUUACUCAUUUAUUUAUUUAAAGUCAUAUACUCUCGGACUAAAUUAAACAACGUUUCCCUAUGGAUUCGACCCGGUAUUUUACCGGAAUUUAUUACUAUAUCGGCACUUGUACACUUGCAAGUUCAAACCGGUCACAAACUUAGAUCAAUAAAAAACUAUGCAGUAUUAAUUUAAUAUUCUAAAGUAUAAAUAGUUUAGACUAAAAUAAACAAUUUUCAAGAGGAUAUAAUUAAAAUUACGAAAUGUGCCCAUUAAUUAAUUAGAAAAAAAAGUAAGUCAAGAGACACUAAUUAUAGGAAUCUACCACAAAGUUGUCACCUUUUGCAAUUUUGGGGCACGCUUACGGAAAUUAUAAUUAAGGAAAUAAAAAGGUUAUAUGGUGCGCCAAGCAAAUGUUUGGGUGCGCUAAAGCACGUGUGCUUUAAUGAUACGAGGACUUCGUAUAACUUAAGGGUGAACUUGUCUAUUUUAGUUGAAAAAUAGGUGCGCAUAGCAGUUUUAAGGGUGCGCCAAGUCCGUCCGUUGAAAAAUAUUGUCAUUAAUGAUAGUAAAUAUUGCCAUGUUUAAUUCAUAGUACUACAACUAUUUCGCAGUAAUUACUACAAGAUGACAGUAAAUACUGUCAUGUUACUCAUAUUUCGGGGGAAAAAUAUAUAAUAGUCCUAUUUUGAAAUUUCAAAACUCGUUUAUGAGCUAUUUUUCUUUUAUCAUUUAACCGUAGCUGACUGCAUGAGCUAUCUCCAUAGCUCUCCUCUUUCUCACUUUUCCUUCGUUUUCUUUGUACAUUCCUCUUCUAAACUUUCCUUACAUGUUUCUACAAGCUAUCGUGCCGUUUUUGUAGUGAUGGGAUCUUGGGCGUUCAAAAUUAACUUAUCAUUAAAUAUUGUAGAAAAAUCUGGUCAAAUAAAUUCUUGUACUAUUUUCAAAAAGUCAAUUGAGUGCUCGUACUUUAUCAUCGAUCAAUCUAGUCCCCAAAGUGUUAAAAACAAUCAAAUCCUCUGUUUGAGAGGUAACCAGCCGGUAAACCAUUUAUUUGGUGAUGUAGAUGAUUAUGCUUAAAAAACCGUGUCCUUGUUCUCUGCUAAUAUCCUUUGGCCGUGUCUAGAAGGAAAAAGAAAGAAGCAAGGGUGGGGCGGAGAGUAUUCCUCCGGCGGCUGUCAAACAAAUCGAUGAGAGCUUUGAGCUAUGCAGUCUCUGCCGAUUCAAAGGUCUCUUUGAGUUCCGACUUUUGGUUGAUCUUUCUCUGUUGAGUUCUCAAACUAGACUUGAUGUUGUUAACUUUUCGAGGAGUCUGAUAAUUCUAGGCAGUGGCGGAGCCAGAGAUAUUUCGAAGCGGGGGCGUAUUGAAGGCUAAGAAUUUUGUGUAUUUGCUCAAAAUAUAAUAAAAACAAUAAAAGCGUAAUACAUUAGAGCAUCCACAAUGAUGAUCUUCAACUUUACGUUUUUUCAUAGCUUAUUAUUGCCAUGUCACUUCCACAUAAGAUAAUCUCAAAUAAUCUCCAUAUCAAUAAAUCUCUCCUCAUUCAUGACCUUAAUUUACCUUGGAUAGGAGCAUGAGCAUGCACGAACUACAAAGCUAGUCAUCACCAUAAUUAUGAGUAUAUGCCUAGAAGUUGGAAAUAAUCUCAAAAUAAUUCAGCUUUAGAAUUUGAUACCAGAUUAUUUUAUCAAAUAAUCUCAUAAAAUAAUCCCAACUCCUCAUCCAUGAUCCUAAAAAAAAUCCUCCACAUCAUCAAA